CGCCGCGUUGGGUUGAUUCCGUGCCCCCCGAGAUGCGUGCUUCCCUUGUCGGCAUGCCUGGAGCAUUAGGUCCGCGCCGCAUGCUUGCCGCCUUGUGCCUUGAUUCGGUCCUCGUGCCGUCGUCGAUGCGUGCUGCUGCUCUAUUUGUUUUUUCCCGAGCUCCGAUUUUCUGUUGGGAUGCCGGUCGGAAUUUGGUGGGAUUCGGAGCAGAGGAGGGAGGCCCUCUGCUCUUCCAUGCUUUUGCUUCGGAUGAGGAGGGGAUAUUGUUAGGUGGAGCUACGGAGUUUGGAUUCCUCACGCCUUUUUGGAGGUAGAAGAAUCUCGCGACGUGUCGGAAUUGCGUGUUUUGGGGCUGCUAUCCACAACCGUGGCAGUACUAAUAUUUCUUGCGACGAGUAGGGGGCUUUUCUGCUUCUUUCUUCCUUCACGGCCACUUCUGCUGUGAAAACUUCAAAAUUGCAGGUUUAAUGGCGACUGUUCAACCCUAAAAUUUCGUUAGGGAAAGGGGCAGCUUUUGGUUAGUUAUCACUACCGGUAUGUCUGUAGCUAGCGUUCUUGUUGAUAAAGCUGGUUCCGAUUGUAGCCUGGACACUUUGAUUUCCCACCGCUCUAGGUUCAGCUGUUGCUAUCUUGCACAAUCUUGCCAACCUCGCGCUUCAUUAUUUGUGACUGUUGUUGUCCUUAUCCUUUUGGAUUCGUGCUUGUAGCUCUGGCGCUAGUUCUUCAUUGGUUCGUUGCUAAGUACAGUAGUAGUUUACUAGUUUUACACGGUUGUGGUCAGUCUCUGAUGACCUUUUCAUGCAACCUUUUAUGUCUGUAGCAUAACUUGUUGUGAAAAAGGGAAUGUUCGGCGACUGCUUUGGGAGGUUAUAUCCUUUUGGCAAGCAGGCUUUGGUUAUUGCCGUGCAGGCAUGUGUUUGUUCCUGCUUUAGGGAUUAGACUUUAUAGAGUAUGCAUGUGUGUGCCUGAAUUUUAAAUAGUUGCCUCAAGUAGCUGUGCUAGGUCGUCAGUUUGUGUCGAGGGGUGGAAGUGCUCUGGUGCUGUAGUAAGUUACCUUGUUCUUGCCGUUUUUAAUGGCGUGAUCUGAUGGUAACACCCUUUUGUCAUCAGCAAGUGAGAAGUUGGGUAUCUGUGCUCACACAUGAGCUUUUCAAUCCAGGUUUUUUCCUCAUACGCCUGUCCUCGAAUGCAAAAUUUUCUAAUUCAGUAAUUUAGUCUGUUGCCUCUGAACCAGAACGAACAGCAUGCUCGUCUUCUGUUCCGUGCAUCAACUAGUUGCAGGACAGUAGACCUGAUUUUUAGCCCACCUCAAAGGCAGUUAUGGCCAUGUCAAGGCUCAAGUGUGCGCUUCGGGGGUUUGAUUUCAGGGUAAUUCUGGCUCUCUUGAUUGGUGUGCCACUGGUAAUGUUAAUGAUAUAUGCGCAUGGUCAGAAGGUCACAUACUUCCUCCGGCCAAUCUGGGAAUCUCCUCCGGAGCCCUUCAAGAUAAUCCCUCACUACUACAAUGAGAAUGUCACUAUGGAGAACCUCUGCAAGCUACAUGGGUGGAAAGUCAGGGAGACCCCACGCCGUGUUUUCGAUGCUGUCCUCUUCAGCAAUGAGCUUGAUAUCCUUGAACUCCGUUGGAAUGAACUGAGCCCCUAUGUGUCAGAGUUCAUCCUGCUCGAGUCCAACUCAACUUUCACUGGUGUGAUAAAGCCCCUCUACUUCAAGGAAAACCGCGAUCGAUUUAGAUUUGCUGAAUCGCGGCUGACCUAUGGCACAUAUGGGGGAAGAUUCAUGAAGGGGGAAAAUCCAUUUGUUGAGGAGUCAUUUCAGAGGGUUGCCCUGGACCAGCUCAUUAGGAUUGCAAGAAUUGAAGAUGACGACAUAUUGAUCAUGUCAGAUGUUGAUGAAAUCCCAAGUGGCCACACCAUCAAUCUCUUGAGAUGGUGUGACGACACUCCUAAGAUACUCCAUCUUCAGCUCAGGAAUUAUCUGUACUCAUUUGAGUUUUUUCUGGAUGACAAGAGUUGGAGGGCGUCAAUUCACAGGUAUGUGUCUGGGAAGACAAGAUAUGCUCAUUUUCGGCAGACAGAUGAGCUUCUUGCCGAUUCAGGGUGGCACUGCAGUUUUUGUUUCCGGCACAUCAGUGAUUUUGCCUUCAAGAUGAAAGCUUAUAGCCAUGUGGAUAGGAUUAGAUUCAAGUACUUCCUGAACCCUGAGAGGAUUCAAGAUGUCAUUUGCAGAGGGGCGGAUCUUUUUGACAUGCUUCCUGAAGAGUAUACGUUCCAAGAAAUCAUUGCGAAGUUGGGCAACAUUCCAAGCACAUUCUCUGCUGUUCAUCUUCCUAGUUAUCUGCUUCAGAAUGUUGACCGGUACCGGUAUCUUCUCCCCGGGAACUGCAGGAGAGAAAGUGGCUAGGUUCUGUGGUUUACUUUGCAAGCUGUUGUGCAUGGGUGGCACUGCCUAAGCUGCUUGAGAGUGGUUGGCUGUUGCAAUUGCAUCUGAUAUGAUUGGCUAAGUUGGACGGUUGCUUGGGCUAGUGGUCAUGGACAAGUUCAUGAUUUUGUGCCGUGUAAUGCAACAUUGGAGGAUAUGACAGCAUAGCGCAUGCUUGAUCGUUACCUUCCCAGAAGAGCUCAACGGUGUAUGCUUACCACCAGAAGUCAUUGCCAUUCAUAUUUCCUCCCUGAUUGAUGUGUAAACUCAGAGCUGUAAUGGAGAAAUGAACACUAUGUGAGAUUUCAGAUUUAUAUGCUGUACAAGUGGCCUUACCCUGCAGAUAAUUACC